GCUUCCUCUCUUCCCCCCGGCAGGGCCCUGAAGUCCAGCCAGCGCUCCUUGUGCUCCAUGAUGAUCGUGGACACGCCCGGCCUGCAGAACCCCGAGAUGGCCGGCCAGAGCCGGGGCGCCACCUUUGAGGAGCUGUGCCACAACUACGCCCAGGAGCGGCUGCAGGGCCUCUUCCACGAACGCACCUUCGUGCAGGAGCUGGAGCGCUACAAGGAGGAGAACAUAGACCUCUCCUUAGACGCCUUGGAGCCCAGUAUCUCGGGCUCUGUGGCCACAGUGGACGAAGCGUCCCGCCAGACACUGGUAAGCUCGCAUGGAAAACGGG